CCGUCCAAUGUUUUGUCCACUUUCGUGCGUGUUAUUUAAUAACAAUUCCUAUAUAUACAAGUUGUCACAAAUCACAAUUGACCUCAAUACUCAAAUACUUAAAUUAUAAGAAAAAAAAAAAUAAAUAAACUUAAAACCAUGGUAUUAAAUGAAGUCGAAACUUUGGUUUACGAGCUUGAAAAAUCUGAGCUAGAAGCUCCUAAUGGUUGUGCAUCACCGCAAACUUAUGCUCAAUUAUUGGCUGUAUAUCUUUAUCAAAAUGAUUUAUGUAAUGCUAAGUAUUUAUGGAAAAGAAUACCAUCGAGUAUAAAGAAUAAUAAGACUGAGCUACAGCAAAUAUGGAUUGUCGGGCAACGUAUGUGGCAGAGAGAUUGGCCAGCAGUUCAUACAGCUUUGGACAUCGAGUGGACUGAUGAAGUCAGUGGAAUAAUGCUUGCUCUUAAAGAAAAUGUCCGUGAAAGAGCAAUGUCACUUAUUUCUGAGGCCUAUUCGUCCGUAAACCUGACAGUACUCGCCGCAAUGACGGGUUUGUCAUUAGAACAAGCUAAAUUGUCAGCACUUGAACGUGGAUGGAUUUUAGAUGAUACCACAGUGAGACCUUGUAAAGUAGAUAAAGAGGAAACGACAAUUCAAGCUUCCCUUGCUGAAAAUCAGUUGCACAAACUUACGCAAUUUGUUUCUUUCUUAGAAAAUUAAGAGUAAUUAUAAAUUAUAUAAUAAUAGUUAAAAAAUAAAUUUUUAUCAUUACUAAUAUUAUUAUU